AUGUUGCUUGAAGAUGUAUUAUGUGAAGAUAUAUUGCUAGAAAUUCUGUUAAGACUUCCAGUGGCAUCUCUUAUGCGAUUCAAGUGUGUGAGCAAGUACUUUCAAUCUCUUAUAUUGGAUCCAUGUUUCGUGACAAUGCAUCUUCAAAAUUCACGCAGAAGCACCAAUUUCUUUUUACGUUACUUAAAUGGAGAUAAAACUUCAUGGUUUGUUGUUCCUUCACCUAUUACUUCGAUUGAAGAUUCAACGUCCUUCUUUGAUGAUGAUAUUAUCCAUGCAUCUAAGGAUAAUGUUCUUGGUUCAUUCAAUGGCUUAGUCUGUUUAGGUGAAUGGAACGAAAAGGGAAUCGUGUUUUACUUAUGGAACCCUGUCACAAAAGAAGAAUUUGGAAACCUAACACUUACUAAGAAAGAUAACGUUGCUAUGUUAGGGUUCGGGUACGAUAAUUCAAGGCAUACCUACAACGUGGUAGCAAUAGUUUACCAUCUGAAUUCUGAUCAUCCUUUCAGAACCUUUAUUGGCAGCUUGAAUGAUGAAAGCGGUUGGAGAGAGAUUCAAGGUUUUCUUGCUGAUCCUUUUAUAGUGGAAGGUGAUGGAAUAUACCUCAACAACACUCUUAACUGGUUAGGGAUACCAAAUUAUAAUGACUAUGAAUAUGAUGACAUUGCUAUUUCAUUUGAUGGAGUGGUGAUUGCUUCGCUUGAUCUUGAAACUGAGACAUACACACAGAUGUUGCUUCCUCACGAGCUUAAUGGUGUCUUCAUAAGAGAUUUCUGCUAUCUUUGUGAGGAGCUCCAUAGCAAUGAAUUUCCACUUGUUGGGGUUUUGGGUGGUUGUUUAAGUCUUUUUCUUCAUAACCGCAGGACAAAAUGUUUCAGCAUAUGGCAGAUGAAAGAGUUUGGGAAUCAAAAAUCUUGGACUCUAUUGUUGAACACAUCUCUUCAAGAUCUUGGAAUUAACACCAACAUAUAUAGCAUCUUGCUACCUCUGUGCAUGAUUGAGAAUGAUCGUGACAUCGUGAUUAUUCACAGUUCACUUCAAGAUUGUGUGAAACAAAUAAUAAUUUAUGAUCUGAAAAAUAAUACAGUAACUUUUAGAAACAUAACUCAGAACUUACUUUGGAUCUAUCCUUUUCAUUAUGUUGAAAGCUUAGUUUGCCCUGUUGCAUAG